AUGACUCAGAGCCCUUUGCCAUCACAGUACGCAUUGAAGGACGGCUACAAGGAAGCCGAGGUUGGUUUAACUCCGAAUGAGCAUACCCCACUGGAUGAGAUUGCCAGACGAUUAGAUGAGGACCUGACAGCCCUUAUUGUUCGGAACUACCAAAUGGCGUCCAAUAGUCUAAAGAGAUCAAGGUCAGACGGCCAUCAAAGCCUUGGUACUCAGCCCUCAAAAGAAGCGCGACUCUCAGUUCAAAGAUCGGUCCUUGAUUCAACUGUCGAGAUACAAAAGACGCCCGAAGAAUAUACAGUCGGCUGGAUCUGUGCUCUACCACUCGAAAUGGCAGCGGCAAGAGCGAUGCUGGACAAAAUUCACCCUAGUUUACCAACUCCACCGAAUGACCACAAUAGCUAUAUUUUAGGAAGCGUCGGGCCUCAUAACAUAGUGGUCGCAUGUCUCCCCGCUGGAGUAUAUGGCAUAGCGCGUGCAGCAAUUGUGGCCUCUCAAAUGGUAGCUACUUUCUCUUCCAUACGGUUUAGCCUGAUGGUCGGAAUCGGCGGCGGCGUUCCUAAUCGCGAACCUGAUAUUCGACUGGGUGAUGUCGUCGUCAGCAAACCAACCGGGCGACUUGGCGGAGUGGUACAGUAUGAUUAUGGAAAGACCGUUGCGAGUGGCAAAUUUGAGCAAACCGGUUCUCUAAAUAAGCCACCACAGACACUCUUGACUACUAUUGCGAAGAUGCAAGCCGAAACCAUGGUGUGUGGCAGCAGAAUAGCUAGCCACCUUGCUGAGAUGAUGCGCAAACACCCCCAAAUGCAGAAGUUUACCUAUCCAGGCCAGGACCGAGAUCACCUUUUCAGAGCUGAAUACGACCACGCGGAGUCGAACCCUACUUGUGAGUCCUGUGACCCAAUGCAGCGCCUGAGUCGUCCGCCUCGAGCUACGAACAUUCCAAUCGUUCAUUAUGGCAUCGUUGCAUCAGGAAACCAAGUUAUGAAGCAUGGAAGGACUCGCGAUCGGCUUGCGGAGGAGCAUGGGAUCAUGUGCUUCGAAAUGGAAGCUGCCGGUCUAAUGGAUACGUUUCCCUGCCUGGUCAUUCGGGGAAUCUCUGACUACGCGGAUUCACACAAGAACAACGAAUGGCAAGAGUAUGCUGCUGCCGCCGCUGCGGCCUACGCGAAAGAAUUACUCUGCAUGACUCCUGCUAGGCAGGUUGAAAUUACGCCAAAAACAGUGGAAGGUGAACCCCAGGCAGGUAGCAUCAUAUGGAAGUGA